UUCAUCCUUCUUGCUAGCCGCUUUAAAUUUCAUCAAGAAAGAAUAAUAUGAUGUAUAGACGAAUAUGAAAUAUAUAAAUACACUAAAACUAUAAAAUAGAGAGUAUAAUAUAAAGCAAUAUUGGAUUCCAUUAAUAGUUCUUUGGAAAAAUGGUAAAUAUUAGGAGUUGAUGAACAGUUAAACCUGAUAAAACAUGGACAUACACAUCAAACAAUUUUUUAUAAAGACUUUUUUAUUUGCAUGUACUUUUUUACCGUAUAUCUCCACAAAAGUGCACCCAGAUGGACUUAAUUAUGAGGAGUGCUCUCCUACUAAAACGACGUGCGAGUACUGGCUUGUUAUUCAGGAGAAGUUGACGAUGAUAUACGAAAAGAACUUAGUAUACGCACACAAAGGGAAAUUAUAUCUCUACAAUGAACAUCACUCAAAUUACACGACACGUGUACCAGAAGACAAAGUCAUUACGGUGGAUGGUGUUAACAGAAUGGUGAAAGCAGUUAAUGGUUCUGUUCCAGGGCCACCACUUGUUGUGUAUGAAGGCCAAACAGUAACCGUUCACAUACGUAACAUGAUGCUCAGCGAUUCGUUAACGAUACAUUUCCAUGGAUUGCAUCAAAAAGACACUCCUUAUUUUGAUGGCAUGCCUUAUAUUACGCAAUGUCCUAUUGCUGCCGGUCAGAGCUUCACACAUUCAUUCAAGGCGGAGCCAAAAGGUACAUUUUGGUAUCACAGUCACGUGGGUUCACAACGAAGUAACGGCGUGUUUGGAGCGUUCAUUGUGAAAGAGAGGAUAAGUGAAGGUGUUGAUGUUCCUACUGACAUGAUAAUGACAGUGGGAGAUUGGCAUCAUGAAAACUCAGACGAGGUUUACAUCAAGAUGAUCUACGGUAACUACAUUGGUCGAGAUCGGUACGAAAGCACACAUACAUUAGAUGGCGGAAAUUUUAGUGCCGUACCAUGGGUUUCCGGGUUAUUUAACGGGAAAGGACGAUACACUGAUAAAAUAACAGGCAAGACUGUGAUGGCUCCUCUUGCGUGGUUUAACGUCACGCGAGGUAGCAAAUAUCGGUUCCGUGUCAUUGCAACUGGAAGUAUAUAUCCACUACGCAUUUCAAUCGAUAACCACGAACUGACUAUUAUCUCCUCGGAUGGAUAUGAUAUAGAGCCCUGGGUUGUUGAAUCUUUUAUCAUCAACCCUGGGGAGAGAUACGAUUUUAUUUUAAAUGCAGACCAAUCAUACGGUAAUUAUUGGAUACGAGCUGUGAGCAUGGAGGAUGUCGAUAAAGAACAUUCCAUCGAAGCUAUUCUUCACUAUACCGGAUCGCUGGAUGGUGAACCGAAAACAAAAAGGGAUAAAUGUACACCAACAAGACCUUGUAUUGUUCUGAAUUGUCCCUUUGAAACUUACCCAGUAGCUGAGAAUGCAAAAUGCAUCAAAAUAAUUGAAAUGAAAGCUGCUGGACGAGUAGACCCCCCGCCAACAUUUACAAAUGACUCGUUGGAGUAUUUUUUAAACUUUGCUUUUCCGGGUGAAGGAAUUGAGAAAUACAUUCCGGGUGCAGUGAAUGGACGGAAAUUUGAAUAUCCUGGUGUAAAUUCAUUAUUUCAAAAUGAGCAAAUCGAAUCAGAUUAUGACUGUGCAAAAAAAGAUUGCGGAGAAGACAAAAUAUGUCACUGUCAUUAUGAACUAACCGUGCCUUAUAAUAAAACUAUUCAGUUUGUAUGGCUCAAUAUGGGCUCUGGGUCGGGUUGGGCCCAUCCAAUGCAUCUUCAUGGACACAGUUUUUACGUGCUAAAGAUGGGAUAUCCUCCACAAGAUGAAGAAACUGGAAGAUUGAUAGGACAAAAUGAUGACAUUGAUUGCGGGAACACAAAGUUGAUGUAUUGUAACAAUGCAAAGUGGAGAAACACUUCUUGGAAAAAUGGAAACAUUCCAGGUAUGAAUCUGAAGGAUCCAAUACGCAAAGACACCAUCAUCAUUCCUACUGGAGGAUAUGCUAUAAUCCGAUUAAAGUCUACCAAUCCAGGAAAAUGGUUCAUGCACUGUCAUAUUGAGGUUCAUGCAUUGGAGGGGAUGGCUAUGGUUUUGAACGAAGCACCCGAACUUGAAGUUCAGCCACCCCCUGGAUUUCCAAUAUGCAACAACUUUUACAAUGAUCGAAGCAGAGAUAUGCAGUUUUUAAAAGAAAAGAAAUGUGAAAAAGCGGAAGAAAUGAAACAACUUCUCGUAGCAAAAAAUGGCAUGAAUAUUAUCGUCACACUCGUACUUGGUGUCGUCAUCGUCAUGCAGAUUUUUGUCAUAUGCGCAUGCGCAAUACAUAAUAAGAAAGCACUACUGAAAAGUAAAAAAGACAAGAAAAUGAAAGAAAAACUGAAUAUGCAAUGAUAGAUAAAAAUUAAUAUUUUAUAAAAAGUUUGAUGAACCGGUGGCUGUAAAGUCUACUACGCAACGAGCAGACUUGACAUUAAGCAAUCGUGGAAUUGUGACUAGACGCAAAGAAAAUUUAUCAAAGUGUUAAUUUAGCAUCGCUGUUUCCCGCCAUUACAAUUUUUUUGAUUACUUUGCUUUAGAGGCGUAUUGCAAUUUUGAUUAUAUAUGCAAACUGUAAUAGCAUUAUUUUUGCACCUCGAUUCUGUGUUAAAAAAAGACUGAGAAUCCGAUUGUAACCUUGUCCACAGGAAUUUUCUACGCCUAUUACAGAGCCAUCCCGACGGAAUGUUAUAAGCUUAAAAGGGACGAAUUGCAGGAAUAUAUAAGUGGAAAUAUUUUUUUAUAGUUUACUUCAGUUUUUCUUAUAACGCCAUACAAAGUUUAAUGCACUCUAAUUAGCCGGUUUCGUCCGAAUUUGUUUUAUCGGAAUACUCACAACUUUGAUAGCACGUUAGAUGACAUAAUUCGAAAUUAUUAAACUGUGUAGAUAAGCAUAGUGUAAUUUUUAGUAUGAGAGACAGCCACGAGCAAAGUGUAAUUUUCAGUAUGACAGACAACUACGCACACGAAAUUUUAAAGAGUUUUUUCUUA